UCUCCCUCUCCCUCUCCUCCAAUGGCGACCCUAACCUCCUCAUCCUCCUCCUCGUACCUCCACCUCAAAUCCCUAAUCCCCUCCUCCACCACCCCCAACCCGAGAUCCCUCAACCCUUCUCGUCUCAACCCCUCAGCUCCCCUCCCUCUCAAGAAACGACCCUCCAUGGGGGUUUCAAACCGACCAACCAUCAAAGCGAUGGCCGUGAACAGAAACAACAGCAACGACGAGCCCAGGGAGACGAUUAUGCUGCCGGGCUGCGAUUACAACCACUGGCUUAUCGUCAUGGAGUUCCCCAAAGACCCGGCGCCGACGAGGGAGCAGAUGAUUGAGACCUACCUCAACACCCUUGCCACUGUCCUUGGAAGCAUGGAGGAAGCCAAGAAGAAUAUGUAUGCUUUCAGUACUACUACUUACACUGGCUUCCAGUGUACUGUGUCUGAAGAGACAUCAGAGAAAUUCAAAGGAUUGCCGGGUGUCCUGUGGGUACUCCCAGAUUCCUACAUUGAUGUUAAGAAUAAGGAUUAUGGAGGUGAUAAGUAUAUAAAUGGCGAGAUAAUCCCAUGCAAGUACCCAACUUACCAACCGAAGCAAAGAAACAGUUCAAAAUAUGAGAGCAGAAGGUAUGAGAGACGAAGAGAUGGUCCUCCCCCUGAACGUAGAAAAGCAAAGCCAGCAGCUCCUCGGACUGAAUCAGCAUCUUCAUAAGGGUCUCUUGGCAGAAAAGGAGGAAUCAAGGAGCAAAGAUGAUAAAGAGUCUACGCAGAAAAGAUGCUCUCUCUCUCUCUCUCUAUGCGUUUCCCCUUAUUUCCUGCUUUUUUUUUACUUAGCUUUUUAGACUUCUUUUCGUGGAAAACUAGCUUAUUAUGAACUCUGUUGUAAAUGGAAGUUUGAUAAUCAAAGACCCUGAAGAGUUCAGCCA